AGUAGGAACCCCGCGCGCCGUGAGGAAACAAGUGGAUGGGUUGGGGACUGUGAGGGAAAGGAAAGAGACGAUAGAGGGUUUUUUUCCAACAUAAAUGGAGGUUCAUCCGUAACGGGAGAGAAGAGCAGCUACAAAAAAAAAAAUACAAGUAAAAUGGCGAAAGACCACGAGGUCGAACGCAUUGCUAAAAAGCUGGACAAAAUGGUGCACAAGAAAAACACGGACGGUGCCAUAUAUCUGCUGAGGGAGUUGAAGAUCAUUAACAUGUCUCUGGAGACUCUACAGUCCACCAGGAUCGGUAUGUCAGUGAACGCUGUGAGGAAGCAGAGUUCAGAGGAAGAGGUCCAGACCCUGGCCAAGUCACUCAUCAAGUCCUGGAAGAAACUACUGGACGGUUCUGAGGGGAAGGCUGUGGAGGAGAAGAGGAGGGAGGGCUCUCCUCUGAGGUCAUCUUCGUCCAAGGACAGUCCUGGAUCCAGCGACCGCAGUAAGAAACAAGAACUGCCGGAGUCCCCGAAGACCCCCACCACCCUAAAGUUCACCUCCUUCCCCCCCACUCCCGUCACCACUGACAGCGUACGCACCAAGUGCCGAGAGCUGCUGGUGGCUGCCCUGCAGACCGACGAUGACUACAAGCCCAUUGGAGCAGACACGGACAAUUUGGCUGCUCAGAUUGAGGACUGUAUCUACCAGGAGUUUAAGUCGACAGACCAGAAGUACAAGUCCAGACUGAGGAGCCGUAUCUCUAACCUGAAGGACCAGAAGAACCCGGACCUCCGACGCAACGUCCUCGCUGGAAACAUCUCUGCUGACCGUAUCGCUAACAUGGCAGCUGAGGAGAUGGCGAGCGCGGAGCUGAAAGAGAUGAGGAAGACGUUGACCAAGGACGCCAUCAGAGAGCACCAGCUGUCUAAAGUGGGCGGGACCGAGACGGACAUGUUUCAAUGUGGCAAAUGCAGGGGCAAGAACUGCACCUACACACAGGUGCAGACGCGCAGUGCUGACGAACCCAUGACUACAUUCGUACUGUGCAACGGCUGUGGCAAUCGCUGGAAGUUCUGUUGAGGAGAAGAUGAUGAUUUGCUACAAGAUGAGCUGACACGGAUAAUGAAGAACCGGGACCUAUUUUGUUACAACUGCAAAUUGUUUUUUUCUUUUCCUCCUUUUGUUGUUUUCAUUUUGUUUUGAUACCUCAUAAAUCUGGAAUAUAUUUUGAGAAAAUGUCAUUUCUAUGAUAUGGAGCUAGUCUAGUAUUUUAAUUUCUAUGAUAUAGAGCUAGUCUAGUAUUUUAAUUUCUAUGAUAUGGAGCUAGUCUAGUAUUUUAAUUUCUAUGAUAUGGAGCUAGUCUAGUAUUUUAAUUUCUAUGAUAUAGAGCUAGUCUAGUAUUUUAAUUUCUAUGAUAUGGAGCUAGUCUAGUAUUUUAAUUUCUAUGAUAUGGAGCUAGUCUAGUAUUUUAAUUUGUAUGAUAUAGAGCUCGUCUAGUAUUUUAAUUUCUAUGAUAUGGAGCUAGUCUAGUAUUUUAAUUUCUAUGAUAUGGAGCUAGUCUAUCUAGUAUUUGAAUUUCUAUGAUAUGGAGCUAGUCUAUCUAGUAUUUUAAUUUCUAUGAUAUGGAGCUAGUCUAGUAUUUUAAUUUCUAUGAUAUGGAGCUUGUCUGGGUAUCUUCUGUUUCUGCUCUCUUACCAACCUCUUAUUGAAUGUCAUGUUUGGCUUGACAACGAGUUGACAAGAGCACCAACCGAUCUCAGAAACCGAUCUCGGAAUCCGAUCUCGGAAACCGAUCUCGGAAACCGAUCUCGGAAUCCGAUCUCGGAAUCCGAUCUCGGAAACCGAUCAUAGAAACCGUUAUCGGUACCAGGCUGAAGUUAAGCACUUAUUCUUAAAAAUAAGGUUUUGGUUUGAUGUUUAUUAGUUUAAGCUAUAUCUUACAACAACAACAAAAAAGGCUUUUGUUUUUGGCAUUAGGGAACAUAGUGGUGCCUUUUUUUGCCUCUCUGUGCCACAAAUGAUUAUUUUGCUAUUAGUUUUAUACACUUGCUGUAGAUAGAGUAUAUGCACUCUUAACGGGUGUAUCCCAAAUGGCACCUUAUUCACUAUAUAGGGCACUAAAAUAUAGUGCCCUAUAUAGUGAAUAAGGUGCCAUUUGGGACACACCCCUGCUGUAUAUAGAACAAACCGUUGUUUGGAGUCAUUCUGUCUUUACAUACACGCUGCACGGGUUCUUAUUGGAGACUUCCAUUUAGGUUUAACUUCUUCUGUUAAAAUGAACAAAUGAAUGAAACUGGAGGUUCUGCUAGAAGAUGUAGAGUUGCAGAGGAGUGGAGAAGAAGGUUAGUGGGGACUGGAGAAGAAGGUUAGUGGGGACUGGAGAAGAAGGUUAGUGGGGACUGGAGAAGAAGGUUAGUGGGGACUGGAGAAGAAGGUUAGUGGGGACUGGAGAAGAAGGUUAGUGGGGACUGGAGAAGAAGGUUAGUGGGGACUGGAGAAGUAGGUUAGUGGGGACUGGAGAAGAAGGUUAGUGGGGACUGGAGAAGAAGGUUAGUGGGGACUGGAGAAGAAGGUUAGUGGGGACUGGAGAAGUAGGUUAGUGGGGACUGGAGAAGAAGGUUUAGUGGGGACUGGAGAAGAAGGUUAGUGGGGACUGGAGAAGUAGGUUUAGUGGGGACUGGAGAAGAAGGUUAGUGGGGACUGGAGAAGAAGGUUAGUGGGGACUGGAGAAGAAGGUUAGUGGGGACUGGAGAAGAAGGUUAGUGGGGACUGGAGAAGAAGGUUAGUGGGGACUGGAGAAGAAGGUUAGUGGGGACUGGAGAAGUAGGUUAGUGGGGACUGGAGAAGAAGGUUUAGUGGGGACUGGAGAAGAAGGUUAGUGGGGACUGGAGAAGAAGGUUAGUGGGGACUGGAGAAGAAGGUUAGUGGGGACUGGAGAAGAAGGUUAGUGGGGACUGGAGAAGAAGGUUAGUGGGGACUGGAGAAGAAGGUUAGUGGGGACUGGAGAAGAAGGUUAGUGGGGACUGGAGAAGAAGGUUAGUGGGGACUGGAGAAGAAGGUCAGUGGGGACUGGAGAAGUAUUCUGAUAUCCAAACCUACUUUCUCCGUUGUUGAAACAAUGUUAAAACGUAUCAAAAAUGUUGGUUGGAUUUCAGGCUACUGGAGAAGAGGGGUAUCCUGACAAAAACGCUCGACUGGUUUGAAAAGUUUUGUCAUGCAAGUGAUUUAUUUUUUAUGUAAACAUUUAUCCUCCCAAUGGGUACUAAUGUCAAUUGAAUUAAAAACAGUAUGGAGUGUGGAAAGAGA